UUUUUGUGAUUAAUCUGCUAUAAUUAGCUAUACAUCAAAAAAGAAGAUUGUCUUAUGCCAAUCCGCUGUCAAAAUAUUUGACAAUCCGUGAAUACAAUGUCUAUAUGUAUAUUCUGGAAAAGUAAAUAGAAUUUAAAAAUUAUAAAUAUGGACCCAAUUACAAUAUUAGAAAAACGUAUCGAAGCUUUAGAACUUCAAGUUUUUCCUUCAGGAGACCAUUCUUUGAUUGGGAUUAAAACCCAAACAAUAACAAAUUUACUCCAAGAAACCCAGACCAUGAUAACAUCAGCUCUAAGCUGUAGAGAGGCUAUAACAUCUAUGCUCCAACAUCUUGUUACUAUAAAUGAUUAUUUAGAUCCCUCAGGUGGAGCAGAUGAACUUGAAGUAGAAGCAAAACGGCACUACCUUUUAGAAUUAUAUCCUGAACUGAAAAAUACUAUUCAAAGCAUCGGCACAUUUGAAACCUUGUUACCCUAUAUAGACUCAAUCAAUAUUUCAAAAAUAGUUGAUUUAUCUUCAAAGCUAGAAGAACUUGCUGUAAGUAACCUCUCAUUGUAUGGAGAAUGUAGAGAUGUAACAAAGAAAGUUUUAGUUGCAUUGCAAAAUUAUAAUGAUAUAUCCAAUUCUAUAAUAGUAUUAUUUGCACAAUUGGAUACUGCUGUAUCAAAUUUGGAAGUGGCUCUUCAGCCAAAAUUUGCUACUGAAGAAUAAUCUUUGAUAGUGUCAUUUUGUUUUCUUGUUUUUUUUUAUCUGGGAAGCUUACAGUGAAAAUUGUUUUAACCCUAGAAUACUAUCAUUAUUAAGUGAUUUCUGAAUACUAUCAACGUGUAAAAUUUAUAAAAAAAAUGCAAUGGUGUUCAUAUUAUGUAUGAACAAGAUUUUUAAGAUCAAGAUCAAAGCUAUCAUAGUUUUUAUUUAAAAAGAAACAAAUAAAUUAGCAGAGACAAAUAUUUUUUUAAACUCACCUUUCUGUUUCUUUUGUAUAUUUAUUAGUAGUUCCAGAUGAUGUGUGCAUUGUAGAUAAUAGAGUAACUAUUUUAUUAGUUUUGGCUUAGUAGGAGACCAAUGUGCUAUUGGAAAUGUAUGAAAUCAAUGAUGUUCCUGCCUGACGUUUUUUCUAUCAUUGCUGGUGGGAUGUGGGGCUUAUUCUUCGGCGGCAGGACACUGCUUCUUGAAAAUUUGAUCAUUACAUUCUAAGGAAUCGCCAGAAUUAUCAGAUGUUUGUCUGGGCAUUUAUUAGGUAUCAGAAAUUCUUUGGGUAGCCUAAGAGUUUCCUUGAGACUCUAGAAAUAUGAAUAGGUAUAUAAAGUGUUAUAUUUUCCUGCACAUUCAACUAGAUCCCCAGAAGCAGCAGCUGUCCUUUUUACCCCCUUUUAAGCUAGUGGAGGUUUAUUGAAUUUUUCAGAUUCUACAAGUACGUUUCUAGCGUUUUUUCUAGAUCCUGUUCUGGCGAAUAAUCUGGGUCGCAUAAACUAUCAUCUACCUGUAAAUUUUUCUUCAAAUCAAUUAUUAUCCUCCACUUCACUAAUGCCGCAUUCUUACAAGAGUUUAUCAAGCUGGGCCUCUGUUGGUCUUUUUCUACUCAUUUUCAUGAUUAAAAAUGAUUGCGUAAUGCUAUCAAUACGCCAAACUAAGUUUUAAAAUUUUCAUUAAAUACUUCUAUACGUAAAUUUGACGUGAGAUUUAGAUUAUAGAAAGAGCAGAACACUAUAAUUUGAAAAACUGUACUAAUCUAGGCCGAAAAUCUGUAAUAAACUGUGAGAAAAGCACUGCUAGCGACUGGAGUGGGAGUAACAAUGAGGGGAGUAUCUAGAGAAGAGUUUUUGAACAAAUACAUAAUUUUAAGGUAUGAUCGUAUUCUAGGGUUAAACGACAUGUAAAUGUAAAUAUUACAAAUAAUAUUGUAUUUGUUUAAAUCUUAUUUAUAAAGUAUGGAUUAAUGGAUCAAUGACUAUGGUGAACAAAUAAUAACUUUUGACUCAUAAUCAUUUGUUCAUUAAUAUUUAUGUAACCAAUAAAUUGAAAAUGUAUAUCUUUGUGUUCACUGAGGGUUAUGGAGCGUUUUCAUAUAGAAAUAAAGUUGAAAACUUUCAUGCUUUAAUAAUAUAAAAAAUCACCAGAAAUCUUAAUUAAUUAUUUCCCAGUCGAUGAAUACCACUUUGUUGUUUUCUUGCCAUGUUCCCAAUAAAAAACUACUCAUAAUAUAAUCUUUCUUAUCAUUUAUAGCUUUUUUUGUUCUUAUGAAUGUGAACCAUUUCUAAAAAUUCUCUUUUUCGUGUAUUAGAUUCCGUUUCAAGAAUUUUUGAAUCUUUAUAAUUGAAUUUAUGUUUUUUUUGAUAUUUCAUGGUUCGUUAAUGCAGUUCUAUUUUUUUUAUCGUAUUGAUGACCUCUUAGUCUAUUUUCUAAAUAUUGAGAGGUCUGCCCUAUGUAGACAGCGUCACAAUUAGUACAAUGCACUUGAUAUAUAAUAUUACUUCUUUUGUUUUUUGGUAUUUUAGAUUUUAAUUUAGUGAAAUAUUAGGAUAAUGUAUUAUGUUCUCUAUGACUUAUACUAAUAUCAUAUUUAUUGAAAUAAUUCAAUAAUUGUUGGGAAAGUCCUUGUACAUAUGGUAAGGAAAAAUGUUUUAUUUUUUUAUUGUUUCGUUUCAGUUUUGUUUUUAAAUUGAUUGUAGUUUCUGUUUAUCCUUUUCUUGAAUAUGUUAUUUAUCAUUUUUUCCUGAUAAUUAUUUUCUUUCAAUGCAGUUUUUUGCUUUUUGAAUAGCUAAGCAUCUACAUUCAGGAUCUGCUAGUUGGAUAGCUGUAUUAGCCAAACUUAUUAUCACUGUUUUUUUUUGAAAAUUGAUUCUAUUAUUUUGCUCAACCUCGAUUGUGAAUUGAAGUUUUUCAUGAUAAGAAUUGAAUUUUUUAUUUGCUUCUUUGGUACAGCAGUAAUGCAAUCAUCUACAUAUCGAAAAAAAAAAUAGAAUAUUUAUAUUAAGUUUGCUUAGAACCGUUUCCUUCAAUUCUUAUCAUGAAAAACUUGGAGGUUGAGGUUGAGCAAAAUAAUAGAAUCAUUUUUCUUGACCUCACAUUAUAUAAAAUUAACAAUAACAUAAGAACAGAAUGGUAUACGAAACCAACUUGGUCCUCAAAAUAUUUUAACUUCAAUUCGUGUCAUCCUAUGUCAUAAAAAAGAUCAGUGAUAAUAAGUUUAACUGAUAGAUCUAUCCAACUAUCAGAUCCUGAAUUUAGAUGCUUAGCUAUCCAAAAAGCAAAAACUGCAUUGAAAGAGAAUAAUAAGUUGAUUUUAUCCUUAUUUUUAUAUUCAUGAUGAAGGUGAUCUAUAGAUCAAUAUAAAUAAGCAAAUU